AUAACAAUUCCGCCGCUGAAAAUGCAUCUAAGAGCCUUUCAGUGACGAAAGCUUCAACUUUCUUUUACUUUAGGUACUUACCUUACUCUUCACAAUACACUAAUAGCUCCCGACCUCAAUGGCUCCGUUCCAGACCUACGAGGUUUGAAUUCCUCUGUGUCGCUUCUGCUGCUGCUAAUGUCAAAGCUGAUGUCCGAGCCUUUUUGGCUCAUCUUACUCCCCUAAUUAUAUAUAAAAAAGAAAAACAUUCAGCUUAUACUUAAGAUACCCUUUUCUUCUUCAAAAUGCGCGCGACCACGGUUUGUCUGCGCAAGGGAUUCGUGCGCCGGAGCAUCGACGAAUUCAAGCGCCUCUCCAACAUAGCGCUCAAGCUCGAAGGCAUAAAAGGCCCCUCGGGCCCGCUCCCCCUCCAUGACUUCCACAAGCCCGAGUCCCUCGAGGAGUGCAAGGUGAUGUCAGACGUCGACAUCGGCGGGUUUUCCAAAGCCGCGCUCGACUGGAUCCCCGCUUCAUCUUCCGAAGGGGACAACAACAACAACAAUGCGCAUGGCUACGCGCGCUUCCACGGCAGCAUAUCGACCGCCCUACCCCCCCAUCGGCCCGAGGUCCAGCGCUCCGGAUACGCGGCAUGGCGGACUCUCGACCGCCCCCCUACGAUCUUCGGGCGCGCGCUGUGGAACAUCGACAUGUACACGUACCUGGGGCUGCGCAUCAAGUCGGACGGGCGGAGCUACUUCGUGAACGUGCAGACGGACUCGCUGGUGCCGACGGACCUGCACCAGCACCGGCUGUUCGCCAAGCGCCCCGGCGAGUGGGAGACGGUGCUCAUCAAGUGGAACGACUUCGUGCGGACGAACCACGGCUUCGUCGUCGAGCCCCAGACCGAGAUGCUCCGGCAGAAGGUCAAGUCCAUCGGCGUCGGCCUGACCGACCGCGUCCCCGGCCCCUUCGAGCUGUGCAUAGAGAGGAUCUGGGCGACGAAUAAUAUGAACGAGGAGGGGCAGCAUGUUGUUGUCGAUGACGAGCCGCCGGUUGCCAGAGAGGGGCAGUUGAAGGAUAAGAAGGGAAGACAUAUUAGCUGGUCCGAUAAGUGACCUUGGAACAUCCAUCACCGUAUUGGAAAUCUACGUCAUAUUGGGUUAUGCGUUACAAGGGGAUGUGGACUUUUUUUUUCUUCGUAUUACGCGAAGAACUACUACUAACACCUACGGCCCCCAUACGACUUAAAAGUCAUCAAAUGAAUAUAUCCGCAGUCACGAAAAGACCGUGUUCACGGAUAAAUGUAUCAAAGCUGGCGCCGAGAGGGAGGCUUCCAGCUAUACGCAUACGUGUAACUCUAGAAAGAACAAACCUUUCACCACCUACCUAUCGUAAGAUUGCCUGAGUUUAGCAAUGACAAAAAAGAUGGGAAUUGCAAGUCGACUGUACCAAAAUAACAGCUCCUGUAGUUAGCUUAGUAUCUGGUGCAAUGGGAAAAUGUUGAACGAUG